AUGGCUGGACGCGAGAAGCCGCCACUAAUACCGGCCCUGGUCAUGCCCGGACCUGGCUACUACGACGGAGAGUUCACGGCCAUCAAGCCUAAGCCGCCGCAUUAUACGAUGCGUGGCAAGUACCAGCUUGAAAGCCACGAUUCCAAGCCCGGUCCUGGGGCGCACUGUCCGGAGAAGUAUUAUGAGAAGCGUUCGUCUCCAGCCAUAUCCUUUGGCAUUGCGCACUCGCCCUUCGCUGGAACCCAGAAAUCCGCCAUGAUCCCCGAUCGUUACGUCCAAUGUCUGCUGGCGAACAGACCAGACAAGGACUAUCCCUAG